AUGGAGACGAACAUUGGCAACUUCAUCACGGACGUCAUGCUGAAGGGCAUGAAGGCCGACCUGGCCGUGCUCAACAGCGGCACGCUUCGCGCCGACGCCAUCAUCGAGGCGGGGCCCAUAAGGAUGAGGGACCUCGUCAACAUCCUGCCGAUGCUGGACGAGCUGUGCCUGCUGCAACUCACGGGCGAGCAGAUCUUGCAGGUGCUUGAGAAUUCUGUCUCUCAGUACCCGAGGCUCGAAGGGCGCUUCGCCCAGGUCAGCGGAGUGACCUUCACCUUCGACGCCAAGGGCAGCCCCGGGAGCCGCGUCCUCCGCGACACGGUCAAGAUCGGCGGCGCCGCGCUGGAGCACCAGAGGUGCUACAAGCUUUGCACCAAGGACUACCUGCGGCAGGGCAAGGACGGCUACGACGUCUUCCGGGACGCGGUCUGCCUGGCCGACGGCGAGCAGGCCGGCAUCUUGCCCAGCAUGGUCAGGGAGCAUUUCAAGGCGAUCGAGGCCCUGAACGGCGACGCGCCCGAGGCCUCGACGGCCAUGGCCGGGCGGGCCCUCAGCAGGCAGGCCAGCAAGCGUCAGGCGACCAUGGACCUGUCCAGGAUAGGCGAGGGUCCCGAGUGCACGAAGCGCUUCGCCAUAGCCCCGCAGGUCGAGGGCCGAGUGGUGUGCUUGAAUCCGGCGACCUGA